UUAAUGGGGCUUUUUAAAUGUAUUUUUAAACCUGUUUACAAGUUCUCAGGUAAUCCAUGAGCCUCUGACACGCCUACCUGCUCCAGCACACCUGAAUUAUCUCGUUAACUCAUUAAGAAGUCAGGUGAUGGAGCGAGAGUGCUGGAGGAGGCAAGCAGAAGCACUCUUAAGUCUGAGGAGGUUCCAGGAGUUGUGAUUAAUCUACCGUUUCUGUACUGGUCUGAAGUUACGAUUAUUGAUCAUUGUUAUUGAUGAGUUGGAGGUGAUGGAGCAGACCGUGUUUCCUCCAAGAAGCUGCCAGCUCUCCCUGAGGAGCAUCCUCUCUGUACACGACCAGCCGGUGUGUGAGGAGCAGGCCUGGGCGCUUUGCUAUCAGCUCUGCUCGCUGCUGGAGAGGAACUUCAGCCUGAACGAUGGUCAAACUUACGGCUCAUGGAAAAGUUUCAGGCUCCCGGGCCCGGAGGGGAUUUUCCUCUCCUCGGAUGGUAACAUCUCUCUGAGAAUCGAGCACGGCAAAGUGGAACGCCAGUUUGUAAUCGAGACCGAGGCUCAGACUGUAGACUACGUGGGUCGUCUGAUGUACUCGUGCCUGGACUGGGGCCUCGGUGCAGACGUAGAGCGAGAGCUGGAUGAGACGCUGGAGCUGCUGGUGGAUCAGAUGACCAAGGUGGACCUCCGGCUGGGCGCAGAACGCAGUCUCCAGACCAUAUGCACCAUCUCCGAGGUCCUGCAGGUUUGUGAAGAGCGUCUUUAUAACCCGAGUCAGGCGACGCAGCAUUACAGGAGCGUCUGCGCUACGCUUUACUCUCACACCAUCGAGCUCUGCAACUACCUGCAGAUCAUCCAGCACACCCAGGAGAAUCUGCAGAAACUGAUCGUGGAAUCGGGGAACAGUCUGGUGCCGGAUAUGACGACUAACUGGGGGUUCACGUGGAAGCACCUGAUUGACGAGUUGAGCAGAGGCGUUGUCCUGCACCCUCCGAGGGACAAGGUGAACACCAGCGUCCCUCUGCCCUCUGUGGACACGUCUCCUUUCAGCCAGCUCCUGCAGGACAUCCAGCUCAGACGCUACACGCUGCGCAAAGUGAAGGUGUCGGAGAACGGUGGUACGGAGCGAGGUGCCGAUCCUUAUCAAGCGCUGCUGGACGUUAUACGGUCGGGGCCUAAACUGCGGCCGGUGUCGGAGCGGAAGCUUAAACCGAGAGUCCAGAACCAGAAGCACGAGGUCAGUCUGCACGAACUGCUGAUGCAGGAAAUCCGCUCCACUGACCCGGUAAAGCUCCUGUCCUCGUGUCAAAGGAGAAGGCCACGCAAAGAAACCGGAUCUCCGUCUCUCUCGGUGGACGACGGCACGUCACCUGUGAGAUCCCUGACGUCCGUCUAUGAAGAUACUAACAAAGACGCGUCCUUUCUUCUGAAUGCAGUUCACAGCUCCAGCCAGGAGGGGGCACCAUGCCGAGAAACGAGGUGUAAAGAUGGUUCUUCUCCACAAGAGGACAGUUAUACAGCAGGUUCAUCUGUGAGGAAUCUGAGCUUCUUUCCUGCUCUCUCCUCCACACCACUGAGUCUGUCCGAAGGGUGCAGGCUUUCCCGAGGAAAACGGCGUGCGCAAUCCUUGCCCAGUAACCCGGAGGUUCGCCAGCUCGCAUUGAAGAAUAAAGUUUCUGUUCCCACAACGAUUGCUGAUGUCAUCAAAACACACUACAGGAAGGAGGGGAAGUUGUCGUGUGAUCCGUACGGGAACUGGCGGAUUUGUUCAUGUUGUGCAAAAAGAAGUUUGUAUUUCACCUGGCACAACUUCUGCUCUCUGUGCAAUAGGGUCGUGUGUCCAGAGUGUUGUCUAGAGCUGCGUCUACCAUUCAAAUGGUGCAUCAACCUUCCCAUAAGCUUCUUUAAGAAGAUCGUGUUGAAGAAAGAAUCUGAGGAAAGUCAGAGACUGUUCUGGAACGAGCGAUGGUCGUGGGAUCCUUCCCGGGUUCCUCUGGUUCUGGCGUCUCGCGUGUCUGGUUCUGUCGCUCCUCACGCUCUGGCUAUGAGAGACUGGCAUAAUCAAGACAUGUGUGUUGGAUGUCAGGGGCUUCUCCUGGAGGCGUGCGACUCACCGGCGCCACCUUUCACAAUUAAAGCGCCUCAAGAGAUUUAAACUUUUUCUCUCCCCCCCCCCCCCCCUCCCUCUCUCCUCCAUCUUCUUGAUUCUUCUAGUCUUUUUUUUAUUUCUAUAUUAACAAACGGUAUUGCAAAUGCAGGACACUGCAGAAUUGUUUGGUUUAUUUUUGUGUUUUUUCCUUUUCCACGUCUGAUAUUGGCGCUUUUAAGCCCUCUUAAACACUGUUCCUUUAGCUACCUGUCACUGUGGUGUGCGUGUGUGUGUGUCGUCGUUGUUAUUGUUGUUGUUAUUGUUAUUGUUGAUCUGUUUAUUUAUUUGUUAGAUUUUCUUGUUCUUGGCUGCUAAAGCACAGUGGCAUUUAAUAUUAACAGUGUCCUCAUUGUACAGAAUAUUUAACUUUUUUUU